AUGAGUUCUCUACUAUCUAGCUUUUCUAAUAACCCACUCCAAUACUUUUUAAAUAAUAAUAACGCAAACAUCUCGUUGUGUCAGCACCAGACUGGUCAUCCCUUCUUUACACAGCAGUCCAACACAUCUAACAUGACAGCAGGUACUGUCAAUUCAUCUUCCUGUAACAACACCCAUUCGAGUGUGUUCGAUCCAUCGACAGCAGCCAAUCUGGCCACUUUUGUUGGAAGCAUCACCAUUCCAAGUCAAUCUGUAUCAACCUGUAACAAUGAAUGGAUGAAUCAAUUAUUACAUCAAAUUGACCAAUCUCUUGAUAUUCUGUCAAACAACUUGAUACGAGAUAUUGAGAGUAUUGCUAUGGAAAGUGGCUCUCAAUUAAAGAAGAGAAAAUUAUCAGAAGCAGCAUUCGACGACGAUUCGUGUCAGAAUCAUGAAGUUGUGAGCUCUGAGGCUCUCGAACUUCAACAACUUCAAGAAUGGAUUCAAAGUAAAAAACGUAAAAAGAACAAUUCUCAAGGCAAGAAGGAAAUCCUCAAAGAGUUCUUAAUGAUUAACAAGAGCAAUCCAUAUCCUUCGGAAAGACAAAAAGAAGUCUUUAUGAAAGAACUCGACUAUGACAAGAAGCAAUUGAAUAAUUGGUUCAUUAACGCAAGAAAGAGAUAUUUAAGAAAGAAAGUGGCCUAUACACCACCAGAUAUUAGAAAUAAGAAUGAAUUUGAUUCGAUUCUAGAGAAUAAGGUGAGACAAUCCAUGUCCAAUGGAGGAGUUGCUCUCUCGUCGCAAGACUACAACUACCCAAAUUUCCAGUCCGAAGAACAAUAA